CUUAUAAUAUUUAAAUAUGAAAUACUUUAUCCUUGCAGUUUUGCUCAUAUCCACCAUCAUGGCCAAAAGUGUUGAGCUUAAAACCCAAGACUUCCUCAAUGGUAAGGUCUCCAAUAAUAAGGGAGAUACUACCGAUACAUGGAUCGUUAAGUUCUUCAACCCUGGCUGCCCACAUUGCAAGAGAUUUGCUAAGGAUUGGGAUGAUGUUGCCAACAAGCUUUCAGACCAAGGAGUCAAUUAUGGCCAUGUUAACUGCGUCAAAGAGAGACCUGCCUGUGAGAGAUUCAACAUCUGGGGUGUCCCAACUGUAUUAGUAUUCAAAGACAACCAUCUUGAAGAGUACCAGGGAUCUUAUGAUUAUGAUAGCCUCUCUAAAUACAUCAUCAAUAGGAAUUACGACACCUCUGGACUUUCUGAGAGAGCAGCUGUUCCUCAAAAUAUGUAUUAAUUCCAUUCUAAAAGUGAAGACUGGGA